AUGCGUGUCGAAUUUAAGAAAGUCGUCAGCGCCUACUCGUUGAGGGCUUUCUUCAUCACGAAAUUCGCCUCUUUUCAGCGAAUUCGCUCCGAAAGACUCAAGCUCGCCGUUCGCCUCCCGAAAUCGAUCGCUCCAGUCCGGCCCCGGUUUCGUCUCGUUUCAAAGGCAUCCGACAUCUCGCUGAAAGAAAUCCUCUCACGAGAUGCUGCCGGUGAAAUACUCGAGCGAUUCUGCAAAGAUCAAAACUUUCUCAAACAAACAGACGAUGAAGGGAACACGAUGUUACACCUGGUUAUCAAGUUGAACGCUCGUCGAUGUGCCCGUCUCAUUUGCACAUUGAAUGCUUGUGAUGAACCGUGGCUAAGUCGAAAUUCUCACGGAGAGACGCCCAUUCAAAUGAAUGAACAAUCCGAAAUCGCCGACGAUUUGCGCAUUUUGACUUCCAACUCUCCCAUCGAGCGCGAGUCGAAAUUUUGGAUGAGUGAUCUAAACGAAGAGCUCAUUGAGGAACGUUUGAGGGAUUCUAAUUCGACAAAGGAAAUUCUCGUCGCACUCGAUGGAGGCGGGAUCAAAGGAGCCGCCGAGAUUAUGGUUGGAGGGUCUCAGUCGCCGGAUACAAACCUUGGGUCAUUUCUCGCCGAAACCCGCGCCACCUUUCAUCCGAAACUCAAGAAACCUUCUUUUCGGGGAGAGCUUCUCCACAAAUCUCUUCGCGAACAUGUUGGAACGUCCCGGCUUGGCGAUAUCGAAGCAAAAUUUGUCUGCACAUCUGUUGAUGGAGCCAUGAUACCACCGAGACUGCUCGUUUUUCGGAAUUUCCCCAUCGAAGUUCGGACAGACGAGGAUCAUCGGGAGGUGGAAAUCGUCGACGCACUUAUGGCAUCAACAGCGGCUCCUCUACUACUUCCCGUCUCUCCACUCGGUCUCUCCGAUGGAGGAGUUCUCGCAAAGAAUCCCAGCCUCGCCCUCUUGACCGAAUAUCAUCGAUUUUAUGCGAAAGCCGCCCGCCAUCCAACUCCUUCACUAUUCCUUUCAUUAGGCACUGGCUACAACGAGGCGAGACGCACAAGUGGAAUUCAUUUUGGAGAUUUGCCGAAGAAUCGCGUUUUCUUCGAUCGGCAUUUUAUGCGCACGACGAAGAAUCUCUUUGACGUUUUUGUUAGCCAAUCAACAAGCGGCGACACAGCAUGUCUUGAUCAAGCAGCCGCUUGGUGUCUUGCUACGAGAAGUCCCUAUUUUCGCAUCAAUCCGCCAAAUAUUAAUCGUCUUUCAUUGACAUGUACUGAUGCAGAGAAAGUCGCCGAUUUUCUGUGGGGAGUCAUGGUUUAUCUCCGCACGACGGCUCGCCAUGAUCUCGAUCAACUCGCCAGUUUCAUCAAGAGGUUGAAAUCU